AUGUGGGUGGAAUCCGCGAGGGUUUACGUGAUCGACCUCUUCUACAACAGCGCCGCAACCACAGCCGCCAUCGCAGCCAAGGGCGGAUUUGCAGUGUGCCGCUUCAAUGCUGGGAUCUAUGAGGACUGGCGACCGGACUCUGAUGAGUUCACAGACGAAGACCACCCCACAUCAUCUUGGCUUGACAUUCAGUCUCUCAACGUGCGAUCCAUCAUGCAAAAGCGCCUGGAGCUGUGCAAGUCAAAGGGCUUUGUGGCGGCGGUGCCUGAAGGCCUCGACGCUUUCGCCAACGACAACGGCAUGGGCCUCACCGCGGCCGACCAGAUCAGCUACAACACAUUCCUGGCCAACGCGGCUCACAAACUGGGACUGGCUGCUGGGCUGAUGAAUGAUCUUCGCCAAGUGGAGCAGCUGCUGCCCUCCUUUGACUUCUUUGUUAAUGAGUGA